AUAUUAGCAACGAAUUUUGUUGUGAUUUUUUGCAUCAAUGUUUAUCAUCAAAUUCUGAUCUCUCUUCUAAUUUAAUUCAAUCGUGUAAUAUAACUCUUCAUCGUUUAUAUAUUCGACUUAAUCAUGCACGUUUUCUUGAAAGUCUCAUUGAAUAUAUCCCCAAUCUCGAACAAAUAUCGGUGGAAUUCGAUGGUUCAUUACAAAUUGAUACAUUAUGGAAAUCAAACAUAGAAGCAUUGAAACAAUCAAAUGAAAAUUGGUUCAAUAAAAUACCAAAACUACAAUGUUUUAGUUUAAAAAGUUUUAUUGAUAAUGAUUUGGAAUUUAUUUAUUUGAAAUGGCUUCUUAAUAAUUUAAAUUAUGUUAAAAAACUUCAAGUUCAUAUUAAAAGUUUUCGACCAGAUUAUAAGAGACACUACGAUGAUCGUUUACUUCUACAAUGGCUAAAGUCUUUACAAACAUCUGAAUCGAUUGCUCAACAUGUGAUCGUUUUUGAACAAGAUCUUUGGCAAUUGACAGAUAAAUUAAAAGAUUUUACUUUUCUUGAUAUUUAUGGUGAAAUUCAUUACACAAAAGUAGAACCUUAUCGUUUAAUGGCUCAAGCUCGUUUUCCACAUAGUCGAGUAGAUGUUGACGUAUCAAGAUUUCGUCUAUGGCUUUAA